UCUCUCUUUUCCGGCUGCUUUCUUUUGGGGCAAAAUCAAACACACACAACACCUUGCAGUGUGUGGAUUAUAGCGAGAGAUUCGGGCAACACGACGAGCCGCUGUUUAGUUCCCUCGCUGCCCUUAAUCACUUUCCGCCCUAAUUGCGCCGCUGGUUUUGUUGAUGCAUUUUCUUGUAUCAAAUUCAUCACUUUUUUUUUUCGAAUUGGCUGAUGAUGUGAGGGGGUCUGGAUUCCGAUGGCUAAUUGAAGAAGACGCGUGGCUCGGCAGCUUUAUCUGAUCGUUUGGUGUUGUUUCUGUGAGUUCGGCUGUGGGUUGGAGUGAUUUUUGGGAGUGAAGAGAAUGGACGUGGUGGCUAGCUGCAAGGACAAAUUAGCGUAUUUUCGGAUUAAGGAGCUUAAGGAUGUCCUUACACAACUCGGACUUUCUAAGCAGGGAAAGAAACAAGACCUUGUUGACCGAAUAAUUGCCAUUCUCUCCGAUGAUCGAGUUUCUGGAACCUGGGCCAAGAAGAAUGCUGUUGGAAAGGAUGAAGUGGCAAAGCUCGUUGACGACACUUACAGAAAAAUGCAAAUAUCUGGGGCACCUGACCUGGCAUCAAAAUCAAAAGGCAUUUCAGAUGGUACAAAGGUAAAACCUAAAGAGGAGAUAGUAGAUUCACAUCACAUGGACAAGAUACGCUGUAUCUGUGGAAGCACAUUGCCUACUGAUUCAAUGAUUAAGUGUGAAGAUCCAAGGUGUAAUGUAUGGCAGCAUAUAGCAUGUGUGUUGAUUCCUGAGAAACCAAUGGAUGGUGUUCUACCUAGUCCUCCAGAGACAUUUUACUGUGAAAUAUGUAGGCUGAGUCGAGCUGACCCCUUCUUGGUGUCAAUGGCACAUCCUCUGCUUCCUGGGAAAUUGAAUGUCACAAAUGUUCAAGCAGAUGGCUCUAAUCCUGCUCUGAGCAUCGAGAAAACGUUUCAACUGACUAGGGCAGACAAGGACUUGUUGUUGAAACAAGAAUUUGAUCUUCAGGCAUGGUGCAUGCUACUCAAUGACCAGGUCACAUAUAGGAUGCAGUGGCCACGAUAUGCAGAUUUGCAAGUGAAUGGUAUACCAGUAAGGGCAAUAAACAGACCCGGUUCUCAACUUCUCGGAGCAAAUGGUCGAGAUGAUGGACCUCUUAUUACAACAUGCACCAGAGAUGGAAUUAAUAAAAUUUCCUUAACAGGAUGUGAUGCUCGCAUUUUCUGUGUGGGAGUUAGAAUUGUAAAGCGAAGGACUUUGCAUCAGAUUCUUAAUUUGAUCCCAAAAGAGGACGAAGGUGAGCGUUUUGAGGAUGCACUAGUUCGUGUUUGUAAAUGUGUUGGUGGGGGAGCUGCCACAGAAAACGCUGAUAGUGACAGUGACAUUGAAGUUGUUUCUGAUUUUGUUCCUGUCAAUCUCCGCUGUCCUAUGAGUGGCAUGAGAAUGAAGAUCGCUGGAAGGUUUAAGCCUUGUGCUCACAUGGGCUGUUUUGAUCUGGAAGUAUUCGUGGAGAUGAACCAACGCUCUAGGAAGUGGCAAUGUCCCAUUUGCCUGAAGAACUAUUCUUGGGAGAAAAUCAUCAUAGAUCCUUAUUUCAAUCGGAUAUCACACAAGAUGCGGGAUGCUGGAGAAGAUGUGGCUGAUAUUGAGGUAAAGCCUGACGGCUCUUGGCGUGCUAAGGCAGAGGGCGAUCGUAGAACUAUUGGGGAGCUUGGGCUGUGGCAUUUACCUGAUGGCACCAUCUGUUCGUCAACUGAAGCAGAAUCAAAGCCAAAAGGAGAACUUAAAUCUGUUAAACAGGAGAACGGUUCUGAUGGUCAUGGUGCUCUAAAAAUAGGAAUUAGAAAGAACCGGAAUGGUUGCUGGGAAGUUAACAAAACUGAUAAUGCACGAGGUGUCUCGCCUGCAAAUAGACUUCAACAAAACUCCAAGAAUAAUGGUGAAAUUAUAAUUCCUAUGAGCAGUAGUGCCACCGGUAGCGACAGAGAUGGUGAAGAUGGCAGUGUUAAUCAGGAUGAUGAGGGAAACCUUGUCUUUACUGCAGUGAAUGUUACUGAAUAUGAGUCCAUGCCCCCAGGGUUUGAAUCUCCACAUGUAUUUAAUGAUCCAUUCACUGCUACUCCAGGUGGAGAUGCUGAAGUAAUUGUCCUUAGUGAUUCUGAUGAAGAAACUGAACCACUAAAUCCCUCAAAGGAUGUUUACAAGAGCAAUGGGGCAGCUACUAGUAGCAUUCAGUUUCCAGCUUCACAGCAUGGGAUUCCUGAUUCUUUUUAUGAAAAUCCUGCUGUUUCUAAUGGUGUAAAUUCAUGCCUCGAUCCUUACAAUACAAAUGAUGACGAGUUUGGGAGUAAUAUUUGGUCAUUGCCACCUGGUGGCCGGAAUUUUCAAUUAUUUGGCUCUGAUGCUGGCAUUUCUGAUCCUUUAGUUGACAUGGAAGACGUCACUCUUAAUGGCCAGUCUUCUAUUAGUGGCUAUAAUUUGCCUCCGGAGACUUCUAUGGGAUCUGCUGCACUCAUCCCUGAUUCUGAUGCUCAACUUACUGAUGUUGAUGGUGGUUUAGUAGACAAUGAUUUGGCGCAUAAUGGCAAGGACCACCGCUCACUUCAAAUAUUUCUUUCUGCAAGGCAUUCUGAUGAUGCUCCAGCUAUGCAGACUGAUUUGAGAGAUCAUCCUGAUGCAUCAAAUGGCAUUCGUACUGAGGACUGGAUUUCUCUCAGGCUUGGUGAUGGUGGUGGAGGGGGUCGGGGUCAGCCUACAACAGCAAAUGGCUUGAGUUCAUCCAAUCAAUUACAACCGAAAGAUGGUAACUUGGAUGUGUUAGCAGAUCAUGCAACUUUUAUGCUUGGUAUGGAUGGCAACAGGACCGGUAAGACGAGUAGGGAAAGAACAGAUAGUCCCUUUUCAUUUCCUCGCCAACGGCGAUCUGUAAGACCAAGACUAUAUCUUUCUAUUGAUUCAGACUCCGAGUAGAGCAAUUGGAGAGGCAAUCUGGAGGAAAUGCCUUCUUUUCGAUUAGAUGUCGAUAGGACUUCGGUCAGAUGCCUUGUUUUUCUGUGGAGAGUCUCAUUCAUGCUUUCUAGUUGAUCAUCUGUACAUUUUAGCAGAUCGAAGAAGCUGACCACAUUACCUGCUGCAAUGGGAUAUGAACCCAAAAAAAACCUCUUAUGCUUCUUCGAUAGAAUUUGGUGCAGCGCUGCUAGAUUGCUCAUUUUGUAGUUUCAGAAAGAUGGUAAAGUUGGAGUUCAGAUAAUUUUGCUUGAAGGAAAUAUGAAAUAUUACAUUUAGGUUAGAAAAAAUAACCUGUAAAUUGCACAGCAUGGCAUUAAAUACAGUGUUUCUUUUUCUUAAAUUAUUAAUUAUUAAAGUGUUUUUUUUAAUCA